GAUAAGACUUAAUUCGUGUACCACGUGUUUUAAUGCACGUAUCUACAUACCUCCUCGUGUAUUAUAAAGUACAAACAAAUCUUAAUUUUUAUAAGACCACCGUGGUUUAGUGGAUGGGGCGUCUGCCCGGAGGGCGCAAUGCCAGGGGUACGUUGCCCGGCCGUGUCAUACCAAAAGACGUGAAAAGAUGGUACUUGUUUUUACCCUGCCUGGCGCUCAACAAGCGGCUAAAACAAGGACUGGUCGGCACGAAGUCAGUAAACUGUGACAGAGUGGGAUAUCCAUGUAUCAUGGCAGACCCACGCACACAAAUAUGGACACACAUGCAUGCAAGUCGCUAUAUAAGUGCAAUAAUCUUGAACGCAACGUUAAACCUGAAUUCCAGCAAAUCCCCCUGGUUGAACAGUUUCUUGCAAAUUUCCCUGAAAAUCAUGAAUCGAAAAACAGACCAAAUUGUGAUGAAAAUCAGGUUUUAUCAUAUAUACUACCAAAAAAUAAGUAAGAAUAUUUCAUAGUGAGUGGUGUUUUGCGCUACUCUUAGCAAUAUUAUAGCCACUUCACAGCUGGGAGCACCAAGAAUUGCCACUGUAUUCUCUGGUCCAUAUCUUUAUUUUCUGGUCAAGGCUCGAUUGUUUGCAGGCCACCGUCGUAAGGCAGGAGUAAUGCUGUACGAUGUCAGGCAACACUUUUAUAGGUAAAGAAGGGAAAUGGACUUCUCAACGUUGACGGAAGUAGCUGGCGUUGUGCGUCCGAUGUCAGCCAUGUCCUGGGAGGUGGCUUGUGAAAGUGAUCGAACCUCGGCCGGCGUCGUCUCCGUGAACGACGUGUCUUACACAGUGACAGAGUGGAUGGGGCCGUGGUGGAAGGGUAUGUGCUUCAGACAACGUCGGCAACGAAAGGUGCUCAAGAACAUCUCAAUGCUGCUGGAGAGCGGGAAGAUCACAGCCAUCAUUGGAAGUUCUGGAUCUGGUAAAACGUCACUGCUUGACGUCAUAUCCUGUCGUGGAGAGGGAGAAGUGAGUGGGGAGACUCAUUUCCGGAACAGGAAGUGUACACGUAGCCUGAUGAAGACGUAUGCCAGUUACGUCAUGCAAGCAGACCGACUACUUCCGAACUUAACUGUCCGAGAGACCCUAAGGUACACGGCGUACCUGAAACUCCCCGGGGGUACCAGCAAGGACGAUGUUGAGGCAAAGGUGCAGAAGGUCCUCAUGGACAUGGGACUUCGUAAAGUAGCCGACAGCCGCAUAGGUGGCGCUAUCAUCAGAGGUAUUUCAGGCGGCGAGAAGAGACGUGUUACCAUCGCACUGCAGCUUCUCCAGGAUCCAGAGAUUCUCCUCUUGGACGAGCCAACCACUGGGCUAGACAGCUACACGGCGCGUUACCUUGUGUCCAAUCUGGCGGACUUGGCACACAGAGGGAAGAUUGUCGUCCUUACCAUUCAUCAGCCUCGUUCUGACAUUUUUAAGCUUCUUGACCAUGUCGCCAUCUUGUCUCUUGGAGAACUAGCCUACUUUGGGAAAGUAGAUGACCUUGUACCGUACUUCACCAACCUAGGGUACCCUUGUCCCAAAUACGCCAACCCUCUUGACGAAUACAUUGACAAGUCAAGCGUUGACCGACGAACUCCUGCAAGCGAGGAGUUCACGUACAAACGAGUUCGACGCAUUGUGAACGCCUAUGCUGAGUCGGAGACGUUCGAAGAAAUGAGACACAACAUGACCGAUUCCGCUGCCCGCUCAGCGAUGGUGAAGAGCGGCUACUGGAGAGGCCACACAGGUGCAGGCGCCAUGAGAGUACUGCGGGUUUUGCUCAAUCGGAUGCAUACAAACCUGAGCCGGGACCGGAGCUCCUUUAUGUGGCGCCUGACCAUGCUGCCCAACUUUGUGUUCUUCGUGGUGAUCUUCCUGGGUCGCCUGAAGUACAACCAGGAGAGUGUGCAGGACAGGACGGGGCUGCUGUACCAGUGUAUCAGUGUGCCCCCCUGGGUCGCCAUCGUCAAUGUCGUUGGACUGUUUCCUUCUAUCCGCGAAGUAUACUACAGAGAAAGCAGGGAUGGUCUCUAUUCGUCCUUCAGCUUCCUGAUAGCAUACGCCUUGCACGUGCUACCUUUCUGUAUAGUCUCCAGUGCUCUAUUUGCCACGCUCAUAUACUGGAUAUCUGGCAUGAACUCUGACCCGGUGUUGUUUGGGGAGUUCCUGGCUGUCAUCUUCAUCCUUCACUACGGCGGGGAGCUCCUCACAGUGUCCAUGAUGGGACUCUACUUUGAUCCCCAACUCGCCAACAACACCACCGCCCUCAUCUGUUCGGCGUCGACUGUACUCGCCUCGGGAUUCCUCAGGACCCUGGACAACCUUCCCGAGCCCCUGAAAUGGCUGAGUUGGGGAACCAUACAGAAGUAUGCCAGUGAAAUAUUUGUUGCCAACGAGUUUCACAAGCUCAACCUGACGUGUGAUGACAGCAGCAAAUUCGUUCCUUGUGUGUUUCCCAACGGAGAUCGGUACUUGUCACUCUUCUACCCUGAAGCGUUGGGGCACAUCCAGAGAAACUUCGGCGCCAUUAUGGGGUUCCUUGGUGGAUUCUUCGUGUUAGCGUGUGUCACCUACAAGGUUAGAGGUACCCCCAACUUACAAUAAACCCUGGAUUACCCACCAUAGCCAUUCUGAGAAACGGAUGAAAGGGGUGUAUAGAAGAAGUUGGAGUGUUGGAGAAGUGUUGGGAAUGUUCGGAAAGCCUUCGAGGAAAACAUUAAGCAAACUAGGCUUGUUCCAAUCGGCAUUCCUACCAAGUUUGAUUCAGUUCAUUCAAAACCAGCUAUGUUCGUGAACAAAUUUAAACGUCAAUGUCCAUCGUUAAUGAUGUGCCUUAUAAUACAGACACAAUGUCUCAAUUUGAGCCAGGUCACAAAUCACAACGUUUAGACAUGGACAGACUAUUGA